CAGCGUGAUACCUACCUGCCUAUAUCCCUAUAUUCGGCGUUGAUUGUGACGACGGGUGAUCCAGGAGCUCCCAGUCAGUCCCGUUGGCGUCGCGAACUGAACCACCAACGCUGUUACGAGAUUGUUGCUGGCGCCUCUACAGUGGCAGGCGAACGGACCAUGUGACCACCUAACGUGGAUAGCAGACUUUCGGACAACCACGAUGUAUUGCAUGGAGUGGGAGGGGCCGAAUUAGGGAGGCGUAAUGAGUCAUAGUUUUGGCUGGGACGCUGGGUCUGACAGGUUUGGACGCUGGGAAAGCAGGGGGACAGUGUGAAUGUAACACUAGGAUUCAAUGUGCUAAUGGACGUACGUUGGAGAGGCUGGGUGGAGUUUUAUCACGGGGGGGUGGCUGGGCAUAGCACGGGUGGAGUCUCGUUAUAAGUGAUAAUUGGGGUGUGUACUCUGGGCGUGGUGCUGCGAUGUAUUUAGAGCGCUGGGGCAGAGCUCCUCCCAGUGCUAACUUUGUUUUCAACAUAGUGAAUUAAACCUUGUUGGAUACUGCAACGUUCCUGUUUUCUUGGCUUUCUUGAAGCACAGUUAGGACGUUCUUUCAUUAAGUUAGCACUCACCCCGAAGCCAUCCAAUAACGUGGUGAAAUGGCGGAGGGAACGCAGGGAGUGGAUCCGGUGGAGGCUGAGGAGUCCAUAGAGUCCGCCGAACAGCUGGAGGGCCCAGCUGUUGGCGAAGCAGGAGACGAUCAGCCGGUGGUUCGGCCGAAGGAGAAGCUGCGCAUUCCUGGGGUCGCGGAGCCGGGGGCGAGGCAGCAGGGCUCGGUAGUUGCAGAUGGCGAAUGGUGGCUUAGUCCUGCACUGUGGCUUCCGGAGGACAGCAGGGAACGGAGGUUGACGCCAAGUUUGACUGGUUGGAGAGAACGCCGGGUGACCGGGGACGACGAAGAGGAAUGGAGCUGUUCCACGGCUCCGGGGCAAUACACCUUAGAUGUCCUUAGGGAGCAGUUUGGGGAACGUGUUUAUCCCGCUAGUCUCCGUGGCCACGCUAGAGGCGUCCCAGGGGCGCGCGUAACAUCUGAUUCCUCUCGUUUCCAAUUGCCAAGUCCGAAGCUUAAAUUACAGCCAAGUAGCCGCUUUCCUCUCCAGGACCCCUUGGCAAGACAGGCUGCAGCAGAGCGUCCCCAGUACAGGCUGGGGGCACGGGAGACUGGAGUUCAGCCAUCAGAUCCCGAUAGGCAAGGGGCGGGGCCCGUAGGAGCAGGAACCCGCCCUGUGCUACACCCAGAAACCGCCCCGUACGUAGGCCAGGUACCAGCCCCAUGGCCUCAAGCUAUGAUAUGGAAUCCUCCUCCCAUUACACUCACUUUUGACGGUGAUCCAGAUCGCCUGGCGGUAUUCCUAAGCCAUGUGCUCAACCAUCUGGACCGUUAUACCACUCUAUACUCGUCUAAUUGGGCAAUGGUGGUUGCAGUGACGGCGAGUUUGCAGGGAGAGGCUGCUGCUUGGGCCGCUGACUUAUACAGCGACCAGGCCAGGGAAUUAGCUGAUGUAGGUCUCUUCCUUGAUGCCUUAAAAACUAGGUUUGAGGACCCAACCCGCUUACAAUGGGCGGAGGCACAGUUAGUGGGCUUACGACAAAGGGGCAGACCAGUGCAGGAUUAUAUCCGGGAUUUCCAAAAGGUGGCAGGGAGGCUUAGGUCGUGGCCAGAUCGUCUGCUGAUCCAUCACUUCCGCACUGGCCUGGAUACUGACAUAUGUCAAGCAUGUGUGGUCAGAGGAAUUGUAGGACGCCUGGCUGAUUGGUUCAAGGCAGCUGUGGAGUUAGAUGUUGGGUUGAGGGAUCGUCCUGGGGCACGUGAGGAACGGCCACAGUCCCGCCGGAAUCAGGACCAGCCCGGGGGCAGCACCAAUCAGAUAACACCAGGCACUGUACUCCCGAGACCUGUCUUCAGGUGCUUCCGUUGCAACCGGCCGGGCCACCGAGCAGCGGAGUGUGUAAUACCCGAGCCAACAGGCACGCCAACAGCGGUUGGUAGGCCAGGUGCCACGCCAAAGAAGAUGAUGGAAAAGUCGCGAAUUGCUUACCAAAUGGGACAGACGCCUGUCCAGCAACCCCCAGGUGUUGCAUCCCCUGCGUUGGAGGAAUAUGAAGAGGAAGGUCCGGUGGAAGAUCCAAUGGGGGCCUUGUGGUGAGGGGAAGCCGAAUGUCAGACCCAGCGUGAUACCUACCUGCCUAUAUCCCUAUAUUCGGCGUUGAUUGUGACGACGGGUGAUCCAGGAGCUCCCAGUCAGUCCCGUUGGCGUCGCGAACUGAACCGCCAACGCUGUUACGAGAUUGUUGCUGGCGCCUCUACAGUGGCAGGCGAACGGACCAUGUGACCACCUAACGUGGAUAGCAGACUUUCGGACAACCGGGAUGUAUUGCAUGGAGUGGGAGGGGCCGAAUUAGGGAGGCGUAAUGAGUCAUAGUUUCGGCUGGGACGCUGGGUCUGACAGGUUUGGACGCUGGGAAAGCAGGGGGACAGUGUGAAUAUAACACUAGGAUUCAAUGUGCUAAUGGACGUACGUUGGAGAGGCUGGGUGUGGUGUGGGUGGAGUUUUAUCAUGGGGAGGUGGCUGGGCGUAGCACGGGUGGAGUCUCGUUAUAAGUGAUAAUUGGGGUGUGUAUUCUGGGCGUGGUGCUGCGAUGUAUUUAGAGCGCUGGGGCAGGGCUCCUCCCAGUGCUAACUUUGUUUUCAACAUAGUGAAUUAAACCUUGUUGGAUACUGCAAUGUUCCUGUUUUCUUGGCUUUCUUGAAGCACAGUUAGGACGUUUUUUCACCUGUAUAGCAUUUUAUUCAGACUGUGAUUCUUAAGCCAGACAUAUAAGAGU